AUGACCACUCUGGCGACGGCGGCCACGGCGGCGUGGACAAGGGAGGAGGACAAGGCGUUCGAGAACGCGGUGGCGGCCGCCGCGGCGCCGCCGGCGGACGGGCCGCCUGAUGAUGGCUGGUUCACGGCGCUCGUGGCGAGCGUGCCGGCGCGGACGGCGGAGGAGGUGCGGCGGCACUACGAGGCGCUGGUGGAGGACGUGGCCGCCAUCGAGGCCGGCCGCAUCCCGCUCCCGCUCUACGCUGGGGAGGAGUCGUCCGCCGCGACGCCCGAGGGCUCCGGAGGCGCCGCCUCCGCGCCCAAGGACGGAGGAGGAGGAGGUGGGCACCGACGCGAAGAACGGAAGAGCGGCGGCGGCGGCGGCGUUGACGCGGGGAAGAGUUGCUCUAAGGCUGAGCAGGAGCGGCGCAAGGGCGUCCCGUGGACGGAAGAGGAGCACAGGUUGUUCUUGCUGGGUCUGGACAAGUUCGGCAAGGGCGACUGGCGGAGCAUCUCGCGCAACUUCGUCAUCUCACGGACGCCGACGCAGGUGGCGAGCCACGCGCAGAAGUACUUCAUCCGCCUCAACUCCAUGAACCGGGACCGGCGCCGCUCCAGCAUCCAUGACAUCACCAGCGUGACCGCCGGCGAGGUCUCCGCGGCCGGCGCACCCAUCACGGGCGGCCCGGCCUCCGCGGGGGCGAUGCGGAUGGGGUCCGCUGGCAUGAAGCACCACCACCCGGCAGCGCCGCCGAUGGGCAUGUACGGGCACGCGCCCAUGGGCCACCCAGUCGCGGGGCACAUGGUGGCGCCGGCGGCCGUCGGCACGCCCGUCAUGUUCCCGCCGGGUCAUCACUCGCCCUAUGUCGUGCCAGUGGGAUACCCGGCGCCACUGGCCAAGAUGCACCAAUGA